UGAAUUAUUUUGAGUUCCCUGUGACGACACUCGGCAGAGCACUCGCAUGAGUUAUCGGUCAGUAGCAGCAGACCAAAAUGGCGCAAAAUAACUUUGCAUUUAUUGCUUUGUUGGUUGUAACGUCAACAGUUAUAUUGGCUAGUGCUGAUGAACUAACGAAAACUGUGGAAUUCAACGUAAAACCCGGCGGAAUGGUGCAUACGUUCUCUGAGAAAAUGAGAGAAUAUGAAUGUUCAUUCACGUAUGCAUCACAAGGGGGAACCAACGAGCAAUGGCUGAUGAGUGUGGGCCUGAGCGACGACGACAGUCUGUUCUCCUGCUCUUUGUGGAGACCCCAAGGGAAGUCCUACCUGUUUUUCACACAGUUCAAGGCUGAGCUGAAAGGAGCAAAGAUUGAGUAUGCCAGUGCAUAUUCCCAGACUGUGGCGGGAGGACAGAGGGAUGUGACUUUGAAGGAAGAUGAAUUCACUGUGGGGGAUUCUACAGUGACCCACAAAGAUGGAAAGUUCCGCGCUGAGCUCUCCAAACUGACUAUUAUUGGCCGGACACGACGCGAUGAGCUUUGAUUGGCUGGAAAUCCGAAUGACUGUUGUAAUAUCAUCAAAUGGUGACAUCCAGGCGUGCUCUCAAGGCAGGCCAUUGUGCUCUAAUGUCGACAACAGUGGCAAUUGAAGGACGGUAUUCAAGCACGAAGGACGAUACAGUAAUGAGUGACAGCCUUAGACCUUGGUGGUCUACAAAUAUGCUGUUGAAUAAAUCUAUUGUUUUUUAUUUGGAGUAUUAUGGUUUUACAUGGAAAAUUCAUUAUGUUCCAUACUGUAUGAGAAUGCAUAUUGGGAUGUCUGAUCUUAACAGGUGUAGAGAGAUAUAGGUUCAGAGGAUUUAUUGGUCUUAUGCUAAGCCAGGGAAAUGUGAGAAAUCAUUUGUCUUCAUCGUGCGCACGUUAAGAUAUAUACAUUUUUCCAAUCUGCUUAUUCUCUAAGCAAGUGAAUGGUUAGUACAGAUAAUGUAGAGCAUGGAGCCCCAGUUUCUAUGUUCUUUUGAUCUAGAUAGAGCACCUGAUUCAACCAACCAAUCAUCAUUCAAUGCAGUUGAUUUAGUUUUUCUCCCUCCUCUCUCACUCCUACCAACAGUCUUAAUGAAGCUAGGUGGAGCUUUAGAACAGAUGCUUAUUUGGCCUACCAGGAUUAGAGACAUAUUGCCUUGAUGUAGAGGAUAGUUAGCUUGCCAGCACAUACCAGGUUCAUCCCUGUCUGUCUAGAGGAGGCCCUCACUCAGCGUUGAUAGUGGAGUCCCUUGGCUCCCAAAAGGAAAUACCACCUGGCACUUGUUUUUUUUAUAUUUUAUUUUCUACUCCUUGGAUUUCUAAAUCACAAUGUGCAACUGAUGCUCCAAUAAAAGUCAUAUUGUCUGGGAA